AUGAAGAAUGUGCAAAGAGAACAAAAAGGAAAAAAAUAUAAGGAUAAGAAAGUUAGGAGUAGUGAGACGAACUAUGAUCCUUCGUGUAGCGAAAAUAAAAAAUGGAUUGACGAGACUUCGUUCGAAUUGAAUACAGUGUGUAGUAAUAUCACUGUAGAUUCCUCCGUUGGCAAAAGUAGGGUGCGCGCCGGGGAGGGGGAAGCAAUUGGAGAGGUGUUCAAAAGGGUGGGUGCUCACUCCAAGGGGGAUGACAUCCCAAGUAAGGAUGUGCACAUCCUAAUGGAAAAAAUAGACGGAGGGAAGCGUGAAGUACUGCGUAAGGGGGAUGAACCCAUUGGGGGCAGCAAAACAGGUAGUGCUUUCACAAAGGGAGACCAUUCAUCCGAUCAGCCCAGCGAUGAAAAUGGCUAUGAACGAACGGGCUACGUCAAUGUGACCCCCUCGGGGGGGAAAGAAGUAAAGAAAAAGUUUAAACAGAAGAAGUGGUCAAGUAAAAAGAGAGUAGAAAGACAGACAAACGGAACAAGUACAAUGCUUGACCAACCGGGAAGCGAAAAGCUGGAACACCUGAAAGACAUCCUACACGAACAGCUAAAAAAGAAAAAACAAAUUUUGGAGGAAAAGCUAAGGGUGAGGCAGCACGAAAGGAAUAAACUAGAGGAAGACGUAAAAAACGCAGGAGUAGAACUGUUUCGAGUGAACAAAGAAAACGACUUUUUAAAUAAAAAGGAAGAAGAAUUAAGUGAAGCGAUAAAGUAUAUGAAAAAUGAGAGGGAGAAGCAACUUGGAAAGCAAAUCGAAUUGAAAAAAAAUUACAACAAACAAAUGGCAAAUUUGAAGAAAGAGCUGAAUUACCAAUCUGAUGUUUUUAGCAAGUUUAAUAAUAGCCUUCUCGAACUGAACAAUCUGAGGAGGUAUUUCGAUUUGGUGAAUGCCAACACGCGCAUUAGUGAAAAUGUGUUGGGUGCGGUGCGGCAGAAGCGGCAGGGGAAGGUGAGAAGUGGAGAGGGAGCGCCUUCCUUGGAGGGAAGUGCGUGUGAGGGAGAGGCCCCCCUGGUAAUAACCCAGUCAGCCAUACAGAAGAAGGAAAAUAUUCUGAACAAAAUGAACCACGAUUUGAACGAAAUACAAAACGACAUUGAUACGAAGAAGGACAUAGAAAGGAAUGAACGGACGGAAUGUAAAAAUUUGGAAAGACUGAUAAGGGAGGAGAAGGAAGAGUAUGCACAGUUAAAGAAGGGGAGGCAGGACAUGCUGAAUGAUCUAAACGAUUCGAUCAGCAAAAUGAAACAGAGGGAUGAAGCGAUUGAAGAAAUGAACACAAAACUGAUGGAGCUGAAGUCAACCAUAUACGAUAUGGAAAUACAAAAGGAUGUUUUAACAAAGGAACUUACAACGGAAAAGGAGAAAAAGGAAAAAAUUCAGUCCGAACUUGGGGCACUGAAAAAGGAGACAGAACGAACAAUAGAGGGGAAAGAAAAGAUCCAACAGGAGGUACACACCGUUGUGAAGCAAAUUGAAGAGGUCAAAGUGGACAUACAAAAUGAGCGAAACAAGUCUGUACAAAUGAACGAUGAAAUAGGAAAACUAAAAAAAGACAUUCGAAACAGGGAGAACAAAAUAAAGAUAGUAAAAAAUGACAUUAACAAAAAUAUCGACAAAAUAAUAAACAUGUAUACAGAAGAAAUUAAAGUGAGUCAUUUUUCCGCCAAAUUGAAAAACGAUUUAGCCAGCGUGAAGGAAAAUAUAACAAGAAAGGAAAACGAAAUUGAAAAUUACAAAAAUGGUAUUAUCCGAAUUAAGAUACAACAAAUUUUGGAAAGUACAAAAAUUGAAAAUGUGCAAGAAAAGGUAAAAAAAUUAAAUGAAGAAUUUGAGCAAAAGCAUGAACUGCUAAGUAACUAUGAUCUUGUGAUAAAGAAGAAUCAUUACUUGAUUGAAAAUAAGCAACUCGAGGUAGACAGACUGAACGAGGAAUUUGACAAGAAGAAUAGAAAAAACUGUGAUGACCAUGGAAUGCCUCUCACAUUAAACAUAAAAAUAGAAAAGCUAAACAAACAGAUAAGGGAUGUAUUAAAGCAAAGCAGACAUUUGGAAAAAGACUGGUUUUUGAAACAAUCGGAAAUGAUAAAAAUACAAAAUGAAAACCAAAAAAUGAACGAAGAAAUGCUCAGGGGGAGAGACUUAAGACUCAUUCUGAAUCAGAAGAAAUGCGAAUUACAGGAAAAUUUUAAAAACGCACAAAAUGGACUUAAAAAAAUAAAUAAAAAUAUUAUGUAUAUACGCUUACAGCUGGAAAAGUUCGCCUCCAAAAAUUCUGACACGCUGGGGGAGAUCGACAAAAUGGAAGACGACAUGCUGAAGUGGAGUGAGAAGAAAAAUAUCAAAGCUGAAGAAUAUAAGCGGAAAAAGGAAAACUUAAAAAAUGAUAUAAACUCGUUAAAAUGUGAAAAGGAAAAAUACCAACAAGACCUCCUAAAUUAUGAAAAUAAAAUUCUCCUUUUGGAAAACAAAAUUGAACAAAAAAAAAAGCUACAAGGGGUUAUCAAAGAAUACACGGAGAAUAAGGACAUCCUCCUUUUGAAGAAAAACAUACAGGCGAAAAAUGAUCUCAUAGAAAAUGCAAAAAAACAACAAAAUAUUCUCCUCGCGAAUAUCAAACAGGCACUAAACAAGAGAAACGAACUGGACAAUAAGAAAGAAGCUUUCCAAAAAAAUAUUGACAACGGAGUUAAUGUCUCCUUUAAAAUAAAGCACGAAAUUUCUUUUGCUAAAAAAAAUGUCAAGGAAUUUAAAGGAAAAAAGGUGUCCCUUUGUAACUACUUAACCGAGCUGAUCCACUCGUAUGAAGAACUCACGAACCAGACACAACAAGAGAAGACACACCUCCUAAAUCUGAACAGACUGUGUGACAUCUACGAGGGGAUACUGAAGAUUCAAAAUUGUGAAAAGAAGCAGCGGUUCCAGGAAUUGCUAAAAUUUCAAAACGCAGUAAAAAAUGGUGGCUCUUUGUACAACUCGAAGAAGCCCUAUGAAACUCUGCGGAAGAGCUGCGCCUCUUACAGGAGGAAGCUCGUCGUCAUUGAGAACAAGUUGCGUGGCUUGGUCACCACGGAUGAGGCGUAUGCCAAGUUGAUUGGGGUGCUGCUCGAGUGGCUUGCCAACUGA